AAGUCAGAUGCGCCGAAACCAUCCUCGUGCCUUUCUGCGAUAGGGUUGAUGCGUUGGUCUGACGGUCCACGGUCCCCGUCGCCCCUGAUGAACUGGGAGAAGCGGAACCUUGUAGCACAGACACCUUCGGGGCCCGGCCUAAGCUGAUCGCUUGACACUGCGGACUGGAGAUGCGAGCUAAUCCCCAUAGCAACAACUAUCUCCUCCCGCCGACUAGGAUAUCGUCACGGUUCGGCCUGAAUUGCUAUUUGCGCUACCCUGUGCCACCCACUUUCUGGCCGGGUCGCCUUUGCUGCUACGAGAACAGGAUUUCGUUGCUAGAUUCAAUUUCAACACGGUGUCCUCGAACAGUUUUGAGGGAGCUUUCCACUUCUUAUCAAUCCAGACAAACACAGCAUGAGAACAGUCUUAGGGACGCUAAUCAAGAUGUGCACCUGUUUCAGGAGUUGACAUGCGUUCCGACGUUUUGUCAUAUUGCAGUGUGUUCAGUCUUUCCGUCUGGCGUCAACAUCAACUCUGAAGCAACUUCUCCGUUGCGUUACAUCGGAAGGUCAUGGGGUGGCCUCACAGAGCUUUAUUACAAAUAUGGAACGCUCUUUGACAUAUGUCCGUCCCUUUUCGACUCUUUAUAACUGCAUUCCUGAGCUUGCUUUCUUCCGGAUCAACGCGCCAAGGACAAUUUCUACUGCCAAGAGACAAAAUUCUUCCACCACUCAGGAUUCCCAUAGAUCAUAUUCAUUUUAACCAUCGGUUCACCCGCUCCUCUGUUGUAGCUUCUACCAUAGCUGCCUCUCGGUGCUGGUUCUCCGCUCAUGCAC